UAAUUGACCUUUGCAAUUUUAGUAUUAACAGCAUCUUCCUGAUACCAUCCAAAUAUUGGCCAAUCGUCCACCGAGGGUACGCGCCAUCGUGGAAGGCAAUCCAAUCCAGUACAGCAACGCUUGAGGCAACAACAGCAACAAGCCUAGAGUGGGCCCUCUCAGUAGUGGACGUCCUCUGCAUGCCUGGAGAGUGCGGAGUCCAGCGACUGAGGAAGCAACCAUGAGGUCCAUCUGCGACGUAGUCAAGCUGUCGUUCCACAUCGUAGUGCUGGUGACGAUGGCGGCGCCACUGUUCCUCUUGUGGACCGCGUGGCGCUUGCUGACGGGUCUGGCGGCGCUGCCGCCCCACGUGUACCAGGUGGGCGACGACAUGGUGUUCCACUUGUGCCAGAGGCUCACCAUCAUGCUGGUAGAGGGCGUCGUCGGCAUCAAGGUCCUGUUUCACGGAGACAUCGGAGACAUUGUGCAGAGGAAAGAGCGGGCGUUCUACAUCGUCAACCACCAAAGUUCUUUCGACUGGAUCGCCGUGAGCUUGCUGGCCGAACGCACGGGUUGUACGGGCAACCUGCGGUACAUAGUGAAGCAGACCAUCCAGUCACUGCCGCUGCUGGGGUUUUAUUUCCACCAGCACGGCUGCAUCUACAUCAACCGGAAGCAGCUAAACCACUUCAAGAUGAAGCAAGGUCUCUACUACCUCCAGAACAAGCAAAUAUCGUCGAGCGUGGUGCUGUUCCCGGAAGGAAACCGGUUCAUCCCCGGUAAAAUGGACGUCAUCAAGAAAAGUACAGAGUUCGCCAUUAGCCAAGGUCUUCCGGUACCCCGCCACCAACUGAUGCCACGGACGCAGGGAUUCGUGAUCACCGUCGAGGAAAUGCGAGGAAACCUGGACGCCGUGUAUUGCGUCACCUUGAUCUACGGCGGCACCAAGAUGCCUCACGGGGGCCGCAGGGCUGCGCCGGGCAUCUGCGACGUCUUUACAGGCCGGUGCGGCGCGCUGCACAUGCACAUCAAGCGAACACCCAUCGACAAGCUGCCCGAAGACGAUAACGGGCUCAAGGCGUUCAUUUUCAACGCCUUCUACGAGAAAGACGCGCUGCUGACCGCGUAUUACGAUUCGGACGACACACCGCCGGAGCUGCAGAACCCGGUGCUCGUGCCGUGCGAACACGUGCAAGGCAAGUUAAUGUCCGUGGCCACCGUGUUCACCGUCAGCUGUCUGCUGCUCACACCCGGGGGCCGCGCCUGCGUCUGGAUGACCUGGCUGUACGGCUCCAUCUUCGGAUACUCCUGGCUUGGAAUGAACUCGGUCGCGUGAGCCGUAGUCGGGCACGGCUUUCGGGCUGGAGCUAUGGCUCCCUGGGACUGGACUCGUCCGCGAGCAUAACGCGAAAGACGUCCUUGCUUUGUGGGACCCUUUCUGGUGUUGUGCUUCCAACUCGUCCCGAAAUGCAUACUAUAAGGCGCUUGACAUUUGCGUCUCUAUUCACCAUAAGUAAACGGUAACAUGAAAAUACUGAGUAAGUUCUGACCGGUAUGCUGUUCUUUCAGAUGCUGUAUAGUUGCAUUCCGGUGUGUAAAAAAAAAGGUCGAAUGCUAGCCGAGAAAAUUAAAUGCUAAACUUUUCUGUCGCUUUAA